CCAACUGCCAGAUCAAUUGAUUGUGUAUUUUCAUUUCUUUGAAAAUUUCUUAAACAUAGUGGCAGAGGUAAUCCAAUCCAGUGUUUUUUGUCGCUAAACUAAAAUAUUUGUUGCCAUGGAAGACACCAUUGCAUUUGUUAAAGUUGAACCAGAACAAGAAGAAGAAAUAAACGUGUCCCUCCAAAGGAACAUUUUUAUAAGCAAUGACUUUUUGGCAAAGAUAAAAGGAGAAGAGAAUAUAAAAACUAGUGAAGAAUAUUGCAAAGACGAGUACAAUGGGGGUGAGAUGCCCCCAUACAAUGAGCAAGAAAUGCAGCAACAAGAGUGUACCGUGACAAAUACUGAACCAAAUUUUAAAAGACACCUUUUGACGAACCUCUUUAAAUGUGCCCAUUGUGAUUAUGCGACAAACCGUAAAAGCAGUUUAAAAAUGCAUCUUGUAUCUCACAAUAGUUCAAAAGAUUUUAAAUGUGACCUAUGUAAUUACGCAACCAAUAGAAAAUGGAGCUUGAAACUUCAUCUCUCAGCGCACGAAGGUUCCAAAGAUUUUAAAUGUGACAUUUGUGAUUAUGCGACCAAUAGAAAAUGGAGUUUGAAACUUCAUCGCUUAUCACACGAAGGUCCCAAAGAUUUUAAAUGCGACAUUUGUGAUUAUGUAACCUAUCGUAAGGACGAUUUAAGGCGACAUAUCUUGAGACAUAGCACAUCGGAUUUUAAAUGUGGCUUUUGCGAUUAUGCGACCUAUCGCAAAGGCCAUUAUAAACGGCAUCUCUUAACACACAAUCAAACACACAAUAACAAGAAAGACUUCAAAUGUGACAUUUGUGAAUACACAACAAGCUAUAAACACAGUUUAAAAAUUCAUCUUCUAUCACACACCGGAUUUAAAGAUUUUAAAUGUGACAUUUGUGAUUAUGCAACGAAUAGAAAAUGGAGUUUGAAACUUCAUCGCUUAACACACGAAGGUCCCAAAGAUUUUAAAUGUGAUAUUUGUGAUUAUGCAACGUAUCGUAAAGGCGAUUUAAGACGACAUGCCUUAACACACAAUGCAUUAGGUUUGAGACCAGUGUCGCGUACAGUUUUAAAAUGUGACAUUUGUGAUUACACUACGUAUCUUGAAUCCGUUUUGAAACAACAUUUGUUAUCGCACAAAGGUUCCAAUGAUUUUAAAUGUGACAUUUGUGAAUACGAAACCAAUAAGAAAUCGAGUUUGAGACAACAUCUCCUAUCACACAAAGUCUCUAAUGAUUUAAAAUGCGACAUUUGCAAUUACAAAACGGAUCGAAAAGAGAAUUUAAGGCGACAUAUUUUGACCCAUAAUGUGUGGGAUUUUAAAUGUGACAUUUGCGAAUAUGCAACAAAUACAAAAGGGAAUUUGAAAAAGCAUGUCUUCUCACACAAAGCUGCAAAAGACUUUAAAUGUGACAUCUGUGAUUAUGCAACCCAUCGUAAAGACCAUUUAAGGCGACAUACUUUAACACACAAUGGCUCAGGUUUUAAAUGUGACAUCUGUGAUUAUGCAACCUAUCGUAAGUCUGAUUUAAGGCGACAUAUCUUAACUCACAAUUUGUCGGUUUUUAAAUGUGACAUUUGUGAAUAUGGAACAAAUAGAAAAUGGAAUUUUAAACUUCAUCUCCUAUCACACAAAGGUUCUAAAGAUUUUAAAUGUGAGGUGUGUAAUUAUGCAACCUACCGAAAAGGUCAAUUAAGACGACACAUCCUAACACACAAUGGAGCGGACUUUAAAUGUGACAUUUGUGAAUAUACAACAAAUAGAAAAUGGAGUUUGAAACAACAUCUCCUAUCACACAAAGUUUCUGAAGGUUUUAAAUGUGACAUUUGUGAUUAUGUAACGUCUUGCAAACGAGAUGUAAGGCGACACAUUUUGACGCACAAUAAUAAGCAAGAAUUUAAAUGCAACAUUUGCGAGUAUUCAACGAAUCGGAAAUGGAGUUUGAAACUUCACAUCUUAUCGCACAAUGGUUCUAAAGACUUUAAAUGUCACAUUUGCGAUCAUGCAACGAAUAGGAAAUGGAGUUUGAAACUUCAUCUCCUAUCACACAAAGGUUCGAAAGAUUUAAAAUGUGACAUUUGUAAUUAUGCGACCUAUCGUAAAGGCAAUUUAAGGCGACAUAUAUUAACCCACCAUGGAUCGAUUUUUAAAUGUGAGAUUUGUGAUUAUGUAACGAAUCGUAAAGGCGAACUGAAACAACAUAUCUUGAUCCACAAUGCUAAGAAAAGACGUUUGUGAUUGUGCCACAAAUGUGGAGGGUAAUAGCGUAUUCCAGAAGAUUCCUGUUCAUUUCAAUUUGUUUUAAAAGUAGAAGCAUUGUAUCUUAUGCAUAGUUUGUGUAAAGUCUAAAAUCGUUUAUCAUUAUAUAUAU